AUGGCCGCCGCCUUCGCCGAUCUGCACACGGAUGCCGGCCUCUCUACUCUAGAGGAAUACCUUUCGAACAAGACCUUCAUCUCCGGGUAUGUUCUUCCGGGGAGCGGAUUGUCCCCUUUCGACUCCUACUUCGGGCCUUACUAAGCUUCAGUGGGUUUUUUGCUGCUGAAAUUCGUACAUCGGAAGCUAGAUCUGAUAUUUUUUUGAUACUCAUUGUAGCUCUAUCUGACUAAUGAUCUUCUCUCGGUAGUUUAGAAUUCUAGUCGAAACUUGAAGACUGAUCCCUCUCUUCUGUUCCCCUGAUAUCUUUCAUAACUUUCAGAAAUGAAAUCAGUAAGGAUGAUGUCAAGGUUUACGCUGCAGUGCCCAAGAAGCCUAGUGGUGGGUUCCCUAAUGUGAGCCGCUGGUACGACAGUAUCGCUUCCGUUCUCGCCGGAAGGUUGGCUUUCUUUCUUCCAAUGCUCUUUUUAUUUUUCUUGUUUCCAAUAUCUUAACUCUGUCUGCUGUCUUUUCCGGGUUUUGGUGAUUCGUUUUUUAAUCUUUUGUUUCCUUUCCUAUUUUACCCGCAUUUUUCUUCUACAUUUUUCGUCCAUUUCUAGGAUAGGAUUUCAAUAGAUACAUGGGUACGUUUGAGAAGUUGUCAUCAGUCGUCUCAUCUAGCCUUAGGAAAAAUCACACCAGAAAAAUGAAGUAAUCUCAAGUUUUGGCGCAAUUCAUUUAAUUUGAUGGGAUACGUUUAAUUUGUUGCGCUGCAUCCGAUUGUCCUGCCUUCCGUCAAUGCGAAGUUGGGGCUCUAUGCAUCUUCUAUUAUACGGUUCAUGCGUUUUUGUUGCCUUCAUUGUCAUAUGAUGAUGAUGAUCGGUUGAUAUUAUUUACAUGAUAUUGGUGGUAGUGCAACUGAUUUGGCAGUCCACCGAAGACUUCAGUUUAGUACUAUUUUGAGGAACAUUGGUGUCCGAGACACGUUUGCCGCACUCUCACUGUCCCUCAUGAGUUCUAUGGACACCAUUCUAUUUAUUUGCAUGCAUAUUUAGAUCUAUAUAUUUUUGUGAUUUUGUACGAAAAGUGAUCACCUUCACGAAGAACAUUAGUUCAAAUGACGUGGGGAUGUAAAUGGGGGGAAGUUAUUGAGAGUGUUUGCCUUUCUUGGGCAUUAACCAUGAAAAUCUGGAUUUAUUGUCAUGAUAUCCGGAAUCAACCCGCAGUGAUCCAUAUCUGUAGAUUCUAAUUUCUUUUAGUUUUAGCUGUUCCAUUGGAGGGUAAGUCGAAUGCCCCCAUGAAAAUAGGAAAAAAAGAUGAAACACAGAGUUCACCGAUUCAAUUGGAAUGUACUUGUUUAGUACUCCAGAUCACUAUUGACUUCCAUCAUCUGCAGUUGGCGUGGACACUUUUGGGUAACCUUUUGUGCACAUCCACUUCACCCCGACGACCCACACCCUCAAUCCCCAUACCCUCCUAAAAAUGUGGAGAACAAUCUCUGUGGCCUGCUCUGGUCUAUCCUUCCUUUUUAUCCAUUGUUACGUGUUCCUAAUUUUCACACUUCUUUCUGCCCUCAUGACACAAUUUAUGAAUAUCGUGAUAUUUUAUGAGUGGUUUUCAGUAUCUUUUCGUAUGGGUUAUUUUUGUCAGAAACUUCGUAACACAAAGUAGUUUGGAAUGUGUCUCAUAGGGCCUGCCUAUCUGGGCCUCCUGAAGUUGGAAACUACCUUCAAAUAUUCCCCAUACUUUUUAUUUUUAUUUUUCGUGAUCAGUCUCCAUUGGCAUUUCUUCUCAUUAAUUUAGUGAUUGUUCAGUUUUCAUUUAUAGAUAUAUGUCGCCACUAUUUUUCAUACAGUUGAUCUUAUGCCAUUGCUAAAUCAUUGUUCUGAGUAUAUUUAUUUCACCUCGCCAGGUUUCCGGGUGAAGCUGUUGGGGUGAGAAUUGGUGGCCCAGCUGCAGCUGCUGCAGCCCCCGCUGCAUCUGGAGCAACACCAAAGGUAAUAACUUUGCUCUCAGACAUUUAUAACUUUUUCUCUAAACACUAGGUUUGAUUUAUGUGUAUAGAUAUAUCAAUCUUGGAAGGUCUUUUUUCAUGAUUUAUAUAACAUCAGUUACACUAAUUAACUUCUCCAUACGUAAUUCUAUAUAAUAUUUAAUGUUAGUGUUUAUUCAGAUGCCUAAUGGUUGCUGCAACUAAUGAUUGCGUAACGAAGAGAUGUUUUGGAUCUCAUAACCUUUUAUUCUUGAGGAUGUCCAGGAGGAGGAGGAUGAUGAUGAUCUGGACCUCUUUGGUGAUGAGACUGAGGAGGAGAAAAAGGCUGCAGAAGUGAGGGAGACGGCCAAAGCAUCGUCUAAGAAGAAAGAGAGUAAGCAACUAAAUAUGUGUUUGAUUUCUUCCCAAAGAUUAUGCGUGAGCAUUUUGAUAUCCUUGUUCAGCAUGGUUUAUCCCCAUCCCUUAAUCUCUCCUCCUGGCCCAAUGGAACUCGGAAUUCCUGGGAAUUCUUGGCUCAGGUCUGUUUCCCCUUGCAUCUGACCACCUGACCACUCUGCAGACGUCUCCAGCCCAUAUCCUCUCUCUCCCCUUCUUCUGACAUCUUUUCUCUCUUUCUUGCUUCUCUCUUACCCCUUCUCUCUCUCUCUCGCUCGCUCGCUCGCUCGCAACCCGGCUUGUCGACGUCCCUGACGACAUUAACAUUUUUCUCUCUUCCACAGGUGGGAAAUCGUCGGUGCUCAUGGACGUGAAGCCCUGGGACGACGAGACCGACAUGAAGAAGCUCGAGGAAGCUGUGCGUAGCAUUGAGAUGCCCGGCCUUUUCUGGGGAGCAUGUACGUUCUUCCUUCCCACCCACCCAUCCUUAACGCUUCUCUCUUUUUGUAAAACGCAUUUUCUCUGGAGACCGACAUAAAAUGUCUUCUCCUCUCCUUCUCGCUCUCUCUCUCUCUCGGGCUCUUCUUCACUGCUCUUAUGGGUUCCCUUCUCUGUCUACUGCAGCCAAGCUGGUUCCUGUGGGCUACGGCAUCAAGAAGCUGCAGAUCAUGAUGACCAUCGUCGACGACCUCGUCUCCGUCGACGACCUCGUCGAGGAGCGUCUAACAGUGGAGCCCUGCAACGAGUACGUCCAGAGCUGCGACAUUGUUGCCUUCAACAAGAUCUGA